AUGCCUCAGAACGAGUAUAUCGAAGAGCACAUCAAGCGCCAUGGUAGGCGUCUUGAUCAUGAGGAGCGGAAGCGGAAGCGCGAGGCACGCGAGGCGCAUCACGCUUCGGCCGUGGCGCAAAAGACGUUUGGUCUCAAGGCCAAGAUGCUGAACAAGAAGCGCCGGGCGGAAAAGAUCCAGAUGAAGAAGACGCUCAAGCAGCACGAGGAGCGCGAUGUGAAGAAAUCAACACCCCCGAGCGCUCCAGAUACUGCAUUGCCUGCAUACCUGCUUGACCGUGAAGGACAAAAGGAUGCCAAGGCGCUCUCGUCUGCCGUCAAGGAACGCCGCAAAGAUAAGGCAGCGCGGUACAGCGUGCCACUCCCACAGGUGCGUGGUAUUGCAGAGAAUGAGGCAUUCAAGGUGGUCAAGACCGGCAAGCGCAAGCAGAAUGGCUGGAAGCGAAUGGUGACCAAGGCGACCUUUGUCGGCGACAACUUCACACGCAAGCCGCCCAAGUUGGAGCGUUUUAUCCGCCCCACGGGCCUGCGCUUCAAAAAGGCACACAUUACACACCCCGACCUGAAAGCCACCUUUCAACUGCCGAUCAUUGGUGUGAAAAAGAAUCCUCAAUCACCGAUGUACACGCAGCUGGGCGUACUCACCAAAGGGACUAUCAUCGAAGUGAACGUGUCUGACCUUGGUAUGGUGACGUCUGGCGGCAAAGUCGUGUGGGGCAAAUACGCACAAGUAACCAACAACCCCGAGAAUGACGGCUGUGUUAAUGGUGUGCUGCUCAUGUCUUCUUGA